CCUAACUCUGUAGUUUAUGUUUGCCCGACGCACCCAACAGAAUCUCCCAAGCCACUGCCGGCAAAUUCGCUUGCCCUCACUUUCUCACUUAAAAUUUUCGCGAGAAAGUGACGGAAACUUUAAAACAAGCGGAAUAUAGCAUGUGGUGGAGAUCGGCUUCAUUCAUUCUCGACCAGAGAGAAAACGACGCCGCUAAUCAGGCAAACUCCUCCUGCGUCAAUCUUUCAUCCGCUCCUCCUCUCUCUUCCUCCAAUAUGGCGGAUUCUCUCCAGAACCCUAACCCUAACCCUAGCCCUAACCCUAACCCCAUUUCCGCAUACUACCAGACCCGGGCGGCCCACCACGGGGUGGUGACCAGCGACUGGCUGGCCCAGGCCCAGGCUGCUGUCGGCCAUCAUCCCGACCAGGAACCUCCAAUCUCUCCUGUACCUGAAGUCACCAUUAGCUCCGGCAAGCACUUUAGUGUGAUUGAGGAAUUCAAUAACUGGAGGAAGCAGCCGGAUUUGGCUGAGGCCGUCGCGGCGAUUCGCGCGCUAGCAUCCGUUAUCAGAGCCAGUGGAGCCACCACCAUGAUGGAGCUCGAAAUUGAGCUCAAGAAAGCUUCCGAUUCACUUAAAUCAUGGGACACAACAUCUAUCUCUUUAACAGCUGGCUGUGAUCUGUUUAUGCGAUAUGUAACCAGGACAUCUGCCUUAGAAUAUGAGGAUUUUAAUUCAGCCAAAUCUCGCCUGAUUGAACGUGCAGAAAAGUUUGGUGAGAUAUCCUGUAAGGCACGCAGGAUAAUUGCCAUGGUUAGUCAAGAUUUUAUCUUUGAUGGCUGUACUAUAUUAGUACAUGGUUUCUCACGAGUAGUUUUGGAGGUACUGAAGACAGCAGCCCAAAAUAAAAAAUUCUUUCGAGUUUUCUGCACAGAGGGAAGGCCAGAUAGGACAGGACUACGAUUAUCCAAUGAGCUAGCGAAACUCGAUGUUCGUGUGAAACUUCUAAUAGAUUCUGCUGUGGCAUACUCGAUGGAUGAGGUAGACAUGGUAUUUGUUGGAGCAGACGGAGUUGUUGAAAGUGGAGGCAUCAUUAACAUGAUGGGAACGUAUCAGAUUGCGCUAGUGGCACAUAGCAUGAAUAAGCCUGUGUAUGUGGCCGCAGAAAGUUAUAAGUUUGCUCGGCUGUAUCCAUUGGAUCAGAAGGACAUGGAGCCUGCCUCACGCCCAAUUGAUUUUGGGGUACCAAUCCCUUCCAAGGUUGAGGUUGAAACAUCUGCUCGGGAUUAUACACCGCCACAGUAUCUUACGUUACUUUUUACGGAUCUAGGCGUCCUAUCGCCAUCUGUAGUCAGUGAUGAGUUAAUUCAGCUAUAUCUAUAGUAACCAUCAAACCCACUCUCUUUCCUCUUUUUUUUUUGGGGAAUAGAAUCUUUUGAAUGAACUAACUCGGGUGUUUGAUCAAUUUUGGAUGCUGUCCCAUGUGGCAUAUUUCUGUUUCAUUACUGCUAGUAACAUAUACUAAAGGCUAUAUAUGGGUAAAAGUUUAUUUAAACUAA